GAAAUGUUCGAAUAAUCUAUACGUAUCAUAUCUAAUUAUAUGGGUGUUAUAAUUAAACCAAUUCUAUUGCGAAUUAUAAAAUCUUAUCAAGUUUCCUUGACAACUUCUUAUCCAUUUAAUACAUCAAGUCAAAUAUUGAUUUUAAAUUCUAAUGAUAUCUAUCGAAAUUUGGCUUUUGAAGAAUGUUUAUAUCAUGAAAGUGAGAAACACUUGAAAUAUUCAAAGGAUAAACCAUCAUGGUUUACAAAAAUCUUAUUAUGGCGUAGUAAUUCUUGUAUUGUAAUUGGUCGAUUUCAAAAUGCUUGGAAAGAAGCGAACAUUCCAUUGUUACAUUCUAAUGGUUGGAAAUUAGCUAGACGUCAUUCUGGUGGUGGUGCUGUUUAUCAUGAUCUUGGUAAUUUAAACAUAUCAUUUAUACAGCCUAGAUGUUAUAUGGAUAGACAGAAAUGUAUGGAAUUUUUACAGUCAGUUUUACAACCAUUACUAAUUCCUUCAAAUUGCUCUAUACAUAUUGGCAAUAGAUAUGAUUUGUGGAUUUCAGAAAAUCAAACGAAUACAAAUACAUUGCAAAAUAUGUCAAAAAUAUCCGGCUCUUCAUCGAAAUUCGGUGCUAAUAUGGCAUAUCAUCAUUGUACAUUACUUUUUGAUGCAAAUUUAAACAAUUUAUCUGAAGUACUGAAACCAACUUUUAUAAAUUUAAAAACCAAAGCAACUGAUAGCAUUCGAAGUCCAGUGAAAAAUUUAAAUUUAAACAUUGAACUACUUUUAAAUUCAAUCAUUGAAGAUGGUUUAAAAUGGAUAUCCAAAAAUGAUUUGAUUACAUCUAAUCCUGUUGUAACCAAUAUAUUAGAAGGUCAAGAAGAUCAAUUUAUCCAUUCAAUGAAAAAUUUUCAACAAAUAUUAACAUUAUCACAAACAUGGUCAUGGAUUUAUGGUAAUUCACCAAGUUUUCAAUUAGCAUUAGAAAAUUAUGAACCUAAUCUAUCUUAUCUUACUAAUCAAUUUGGUUCCAUUAUCAUAAAUUGUAGUCGUGGUGGAAUUUUUCAAUCUAUUGAAUUUGAUCAUUCUUAUAAUUAUAAUGUAAAUCUUUUAUUGAAAAAUUUUUUAUCCGAGAUAACUAUAUACCUUCAUGGUGUAGAAUGUCGAACAAAUUCAUGGGAUUUUAUAUUAGAUCAAUUUGUAUUUAAAAAAUUAAUUCAAUUAAAUGGUGAAAAUAUGUCUAAUGAACAAUUGUUAAUCAUUAAGGCAUUAAAACUAAUUUCUAGUCUAUUUUAAUACAAUUUUUUAUUGAUUAUAAUCAUAUUUCUAGUUUACUUUUAUUAUGGAAUACAUUAUGUACAAGAGUACUUGUUGUUCAUAUAUUCGAAAAUAUAGUUGGAUAAUGC